UUCUAGUUGACAGAUUUCAACAAGAUGGGUAGAAAAAUCCGAAAAUAAAAGCGAAAUUAAAGAACCCUAGCCAGGAUUACUUGAAUGAGACGCAGUGUGUGGCUGCACUAUACAACGGGAUAGUUUUUUGUUGUUUUGUACUUAUUUUUAGUCAGAAAAUGGCUUCCCGCGGUGGUGUUAUGGUGACGGGGACAAACGGGGCUGAUUUUGAACAUCGUGAAAAAGUAGCCAUACAGUAUCACAUAAGUGCACUUAACAAAUCUCGCCUCAAGUACUGUGUGUUCUUCCACCACAUACUGUUCCUCGGGAUGAUGGCAAAGCUCUCUGCAGAUGUACUUGACAAACUUGACAUAUUUAUACUUGAAGUUGAAGAGUUGCAAAUUCCACCGCCCCUCUGGUGGGAAUACAUCUGGUGCUUGUCGUUGCUACUCUCGUUUCUUGGUCUAUCAGCAAUCAAACGUAACAACAUACGUCACCUCCGGCAGUAUGUUUAUGGCAUAGUGGCACUAGGAUUCUGUCCGUUAUUGUACUGCGUAUUGUACUACUGUGGGGAUGUUUGGAGAUAUUUGUCACAUGAUGAUGAAGAUGAUAGUUCUGAGGUGGAUAUAGAACUGUGGCAGGGUUACCCCUAUGGCCUAUUAUGGUAUGCCUUCGUGCUAUUAGCAUCACAAGUACAUUUUUUCCAACUGUACUUCUCGUUUAAUUUACUAAAAGCUUGGCGAGCUCGAGGAGCCCUCAGGAAAUCAGAUUAGAACUGUAUCUGGUUAAAGCAAUAUUGUUUGUGUCUAGCACACUGCCAGUGUAAAAGUGUUCUUAUGUGGGGAUUGAAUUAUUGUUUGUGAUAGAACUUAUAUAAUAUUCACCAUUCAAUGAUUGUUAUAAAAAUUAAUUGAGACUUCGAACUUUGUCUUGAUCUGGGCGGUCGUAUUAUACUAACAGAGAAAUAAAAAUAAGUUUACCCGGUUGUAGAGCCACUUGCCUAUCUCACAUCAAUGUGUCUUAGAUUAAUUGAAGAAGAAUUGGUAAAAGGCCUAAAUUUGAAUUUUAUUAAAGUAACUAGUUAAGGUUUGACUAGUGAUGAAGUAGUAGAAGCAAUCUGUAUUUCUUUUGUACAAUAUAUGUAAAAUAAAAUAUAUAUCAAGUUAAGAAUUAUAUAUAUAAAAUUGUAAUAAAAAUGUUUUUUAUGAUAUGUAUCCAAUGUUUGGUAACAUUCAACGUAAUGUUUUAUCUGAUUUCACGUAUUAUCAUUUUAAGCCAGGUAAUUAUAUGAUCUGACUGUUGUACAUAUUGAUAGUGUUAUUAAUUAGAGAUAGAUAAAGUUGACUCAGCUUUCCUACACAUUUGUUAUAAAUCGUUCCUGUUUGAAUCGUAGGAAUAGGAAGUGAUUAUCAUUUGAAGACAUGAGCGGAUGAAGGGGUUAAGUACCAUAUUUAAGAUUUUUGAGUUUUCACGUUGAAUGAAGGUGUUAUGUGCCUAUAAACUAUAUUAGACCUUAAAACUCCAGGCUUAAAAGAUACUUUUAAAAAGUUAUAUAUGAAGAAAAAUAUAAGUAACAAAAGUUUGUCGCUCAUUUUCUUCAAAUUAACAAAUUGUAUCAUAUCCCCUCCAUCCACUCAUGUCUUCAGUUAAAGAACUCGACACAAACAAUGAUUCAAAUCUCUCGCAGCGCGUUCGCCGUCCUGUAGAACUCCGAGUGAAAAGAUUUCAUAUAAUAUAAAAGAUGAUUUUUAUUUGUUAAGUUUUCUUUUGUAAAAACGUGACCCGAAACGAGUUUAUAAAUACUGUAAUUAAUAUAUUGUGUACUGUUUGUA